GACGGGAGCCGCUCGCCGCCGCCGGGCCGCCCUCCCCGGCCGCGCGCCCCGCCCGCGCCCGCCGCCCCGGGGCCGCCGCCGCCGGCCCAUGCGCCCCGGCCUCAAAGUUUGCGGCGCGCGGGCCGGCGCGGAGCCGCCAAGAUGCCGUUCCACCCGGUGACGGCGGCGCUGAUGUACCGGGGCAUCUACACCGUGCCCAGCCUGCUGUCGGAGCAGCGCCCCGUGGACAUCCCCGAGGACGAGCUGGAGGAGAUCCGAGAGGCCUUCAAAGUCUUUGACCGCGAUGGCAACGGCUUCAUCUCCAAGCAGGAGCUGGGCACGGCCAUGCGCUCGCUGGGCUACAUGCCCAACGAGGUGGAGCUGGAGGUCAUCAUCCAGCGGCUGGACAUGGACGGGGACGGCCAAGUGGACUUUGAGGAGUUCGUGACCCUGCUGGGCCCCAAGCUCUCCACCAUGGGCAUCCCGGAGCGGUUCCACGGCACCGACUUUGACACCGUCUUCUGGAAGUGCGACAUGCAGAAGCUGACGGUGGACGAGCUGAAGCGGCUGCUGUACGACACCUUCUGCGAGCACCUGUCCAUGAAGGACAUCGAGAACAUCAUCAUGACGGAGGAGGAGAGCCACCUGGGCACGGCCGAGUGCCCCGUGGACGUGGAGACCUGCUCCAACCAGCAGAUCCGCCAGACGUGCGUGCGCAAGAGCCUCAUCUGCGCCUUCGCCAUCGCCUUCAUCAUCAGCGUCAUGCUCAUCGCGGCCAACCAGGUGUUGCGCAGCGGCAUGAAGUAGGCGCCGGGGACCCCCUUCGCACCCACUGCACCGGCAGCCCCUCCCCAGGCGCCCCAGGCCUCCGCCC